CUGCUGGAGGCGAAGCCCAGGAUUUGGUCCCUGGCGCACACCGCCACCUCCCUCAACCAGGCCGAGUACCCCUCCUGCAUGCUGAAGCGGCCGGGGGGCUCGGCCGCCGCCGCCGUCUCCGCCCCGCUCGGUGUCAUCGACAGGCACCAGGAUUCGCCGGUCACCAGCCUCAGGAACUGGGUGGACGGGGUGUUUCACGACCCCCUGUUCAGGCACAGUACUUUGAACCAAGCCCUGAGCAACACGACAGUUUCCUGGGCUACCACCAAAGGAGCCAUUCUGGAAACGGGCGCCUUGGGACGCGCGGUGGGGAACGGCGCCAGCGUGCUCAAGGGGCAGCUCUCAAACUUGGCCCACCAUGACUCGAACAAAGAGUUUCUGGCGUUUCCCAAAUCAGGAAGCAAAAUGUUUUGUUCCUAACAGGCCCGCCGCGGGGCGAAGGACUUUCUAACGCUUGAAGAGUCAGCUACACUGAAAAGAGACUUGCGAGAGUUUAAAUAUAAAACUUUUUCUUUUUUUUUUUUUUUUAAACCAACAACAGAAACGAGGAUUUAAAGUUCAGUUUGCUCAGCUCAACGGACAGACUUUGCUCAUUGCUGUUCUGAAGAAUUUAUCCUGGCUGCGACUUUAAGGGAUCAAUGUCGUGAAAGUUAUUUAAUUCCAUGUCCAAAAAGCACGUGCUAUAGCGUAGACCUACUUAAAAAGUUUACAUCCGAAAGUUUACAAACGGGAAAUUUUAAUUCAGAUUUAAGGCAUGCCGACAUUAGUUAUAAAGACUUUUCGAGAGUUUUUCCUCCUGAUUUCCUUGUUAGCAUAUAAUUCACAAACAGCACUUCUACUAAGUUUACACCUACUGCACAAAUUUAUCUUGACAAAAAAAAAGAGAAUAUGUUAAAAGGUAUGUUCACUCCAAUAAAUUGUCUGUUUCAG